AUGGAUAUGUGUAUUUAUACUACAUUUAAUGUUCCUGGAUAUGCAAUAGGUAUAAUAUCAGGCUGUCAAAAAAGUGUUGAAAAAUAUUUAUCAAAUAUAAUUAAUGAAAGAAAAGAUUUAGCCAAUAUUUUUCACAAUUUUAUAAAUAGUACUUCAAAUAAAAUUGAUAUACCAUCACUUUGUAAAUAUACUUUUGAAAUAAAACCAUUUAUAAUGUUUGAAACAUUAACUGGAAAAUCAGAAUUUUUUAUACAUUGUUAUUUACAAAAUAUUAUAUAUAUAUCACCACCAACUUCAUUUUAUCCUCCAAGUAGUCCUGUUAUUCCUGUAACUUGUUCUGAUGGUGUUAAAAAAACAAUAUGUUAUGAAGGUUAUUGUGGAAUGAUGGAAGUUGGAUAUAUUUCACAAUCUAACUUAUCACAAAUUAAUAUAACAUAUCAAUCAUGUCCUAAUGAUUUAGUAAAUAAAGUUUAUGAAAUUAGUCAAAUUAAUGAUCUAAUUUCAAAUAAAGAUUUUCAAUCAAAAACAGAAGAUGCAUGUAGUCAUUGUAUUGCAAAAAGUAGUACAAGAAUACUUUCAAAUAGUGAGACAUUUUCAUAUUAUUUAUAUACAAAUUGCUAUGAUCCAAACAUUGGUAGUAUUCCAGUUUUACCACCUUUUCCUAGUUUAAAUAAUCAACCAAUUUACAAAUUACUUGGUAAAGUAUAUAAUUCUAAUACAACAACAUUACCAUGUAAUAAUGAACAAGAUACUUGUACUUAUAUAUCAUUAAAUAUUCCUGGUUUUGUAAUUGGAUAUUUUUCUGGUUGUCCUGAAAAUGCAGAUUUACUUUUAAGUGGAAUAUUUGCUUUAAGAACUGAUCUUCUUGCAGAAUUUAAGAAUAUUUUUAAUAAUAAUACUAAAAUAAUUGAUCAUAAUUUACUUUGUGAGCGUUCAUUAGAUGGAGAUCAACCAUAUAUUAUAAAUACAAUGACAGGUCCAGGAGUAAAAUAUUAUCCCCCUUUAAUUGAUUCUAUUCCUGUUUUAUGUAUGAAUGAUAAGAAAAUUUCAACUUGUAGUGAAGGAUAUUGUGCAAUGGCUGAGAUUGCAUCUAUAACACUAGAAGGAAAAAGUCAAAAUUCAUUGCAAUUUCAAUAUUGCCCAAAUGAUUUAAUUAACGUUAUUUAUGUUAUAUCAAAAAAUUAUAAUGUAAUGUUUAAUGAUGCUUUACUUUUAAACUUAAAUAAUAUUGGACCUAUUUGUGUUGAUAAGACAAGUUUUCAAUCAUUAUCCAAAAAUGGUUCGUCAUCAUAUUAUUGGUAUGUUAAUUGUUAUGUUCCAAACAGCACAUAUGCUCCACAAUUCCCAACAAUUCCUAAUUUAAUGCCAUAUGUAACUAUAACUACAACAACAACUAAAACUAUUGAAACAGUUACAAAAAUUGCUAGUUUCUCUAACAAUAUUUCAAUUGUUUCACUUAUAAUAUUUAUAGUAAUUUUUUUUUAUUUUUAA